CGUGAGAGACCGUUUGUGCAAGCCAUCCACCGCGCCGUAGCAGCGCUCCACUGAAGUGGAGGUUGGGAGGGACCUUUCAUAUCACGUGUGACAGGCACGCUAAAGGCGAAUUUUCGCGACCAUCAAGCGGUGCGCGCAACUGUGGGCCGCUGCGUCCGAGGAGUGAUCAUGGGUCUAGAAGCAUCCAAGACAGCUCAGAAGUCGUCUCUGGUCCCUCUCAGAGAUAAGCGAUGCUACGCAUGCCCGUUUUUUUGCGACAGAAAAUGACCACCACUUUGAUUUCAACGCAUCUGCCUUCCAGCGUCUCGGAUAUUCUGAGCAAGAUGCGCCGAAGGCACUGCCACGUUUGUGACCUGGUUCUUGUUCGCAACGGUGAUGGUAGUGAUCUCAGUGAUGAUAUUGGUGAUGUGCGCGAUGUCCGGCAGUCAAGUGUAGUACAUGCCUUCCUGUAAGAACUAAUGCGGCCAAUGUCAUGGCGGCUGUUGGCAUAUGGUCCCAAGCCGGAACAGGCGGUCAAGAAACGCAGCUACCGCCAGAAAUACUGCACGACUAUAAUUGGCAGUCCUUGCCCAAGCUGAGCAGCGAGGAUGCGACGGGUGGCUGCGAAGCGGGGCUGUCGGGUGGCGGUGGGCUCGUGUCGCCUCCUGGCGGCGGCGGCAACUUCGAGCCCAUCCCGCACGAACACGACCUCUGCGAGCGGGUGGUGAUCAACGUGAGCGGGCUGCGGUUCGAGACGCAGCUGCGCACCCUGCAUCAGUUCCCGGACACCCUGCUGGGAGACCCUGGACGCAGGCUGCGAUACUUCGAUCCACUGCGCAACGAGUACUUCUUCGACCGCAACAGGCCCAGCUUCGACGCCAUCCUUUACUACUACCAGAGCGGCGGCCGACUGAGGCGACCAGUGAACGUUCCCCUGGACGUGUUCGCCGAGGAGAUCAAGUUCUACGAGCUGGGCGAGGGCACAUUCAACAAGUUCCGCGAGGACGAGGGCUUCAUCAAGGAGGAAGAACGUCCCUUGCCCGGACGCGACCUGCAGCGGCGCGUGUGGUUGCUCUUCGAGUACCCGGAAAGCUCGCAGGCUGCCCGCGUGGUAGCCAUUGUGUCCGUGGUUGUCAUUUUGCUCUCCAUCGUCAUCUUCUGCCUGGAGACGCUGCCCGAGUUCAAGCACUACCGAAUGUUCCCCGCCGGCAACAACAUGACGCGCGUUGUAGAGGACGAAGUACCCAAGCUCACCGAGCCAUUCUUCCUGAUCGAGACGUGCUGCAUCGUGUGGUUCACUUUCGAACUGUUCGUGCGUUUCUGCGCCUGCCCUUGCAAGCUGGCGUUCUUCAAAGACGUGAUGAACAGCAUCGACCUCGUCGCCAUCAUCCCCUACUUCAUCACGCUGGGCACCGUGAUCGCGCGAGAGCGCGAAGGGCCUGGGUUCCUGCCACCGGACAAGAGCUCGAACCAGGCCAUGAGCCUGGCCAUACUGAGGGUCAUCCGGCUGGUGCGCGUCUUCCGCAUUUUCAAGCUGUCGCGCCACUCCAAGGGCCUGCAGAUCUUGGGCCGCACGCUGCGCGCCUCCAUGCGCGAGCUGGGCCUGCUCAUAUUCUUCCUCUUCAUCGGAGUCAUACUCUUUUCGUCGGCCGUCUAUUACGCCGAGGCCGACUCAGAUCGAUCAUACUUCAAGAGCAUCCCAGACGCGUUCUGGUGGGCCGUGGUGACCAUGACCACGGUCGGCUACGGCGACAUGCGCCCCGUGGGCGUCUGGGGCAAGAUCGUGGGCUCGCUGUGCGCCAUCGCCGGUGUGCUAACCAUCGCGCUGCCCGUGCCGGUGAUCGUGUCCAACUUCAACUACUUCUACCACCGGGAGACCGACCAGGAGGAGAUGCAGUCGCAGAGCUUCAAUCACGUCACCAGCUGCCCCUACCUGCCCGGCACCGUGGUCGCGGCCAAGCUGAAAGGGGACACCGACUCACCGGACGAUUCAGAUGUCCUCGAGCUGGACGACGCCACUUCGCUAGCACUGUUCUCCUCGCCUGCCCCGAACACUCAGCAGGCAAACAGCACCAACAAUCCCGCGGCCUCGCUCGAGACGGACGUCUGACAGCAGCAGAAGAAAGCCCCAGGUGCAUCCUAUCCACGGCACUCGCCGUUUAAGACUCGAGCAAGCCGAUUCACCACGAAGAGGAACGAGCGAGCCAGCAGGAGCACCCAGCCUAGUUUUGACAGCAAGCCAGCGGUGAAGCUCUGAUCGUCAAGAGGCGGUGCGUGGACCCACGGCGUAAGCCACUCAAACCACCCACGCCACCUGUCACGCGACUGCCUAGCCAACGGCAGCGCCCUGGCUACCGCUCACAACGCCACCGUACGGUGUUAGUGGCGACGCUGCUCGAAAACAGCUCAGGCCGUGAGAACGUGUUCACUAGUUCGUCGUCGCCGCCGCAAUUUUUCCUUGGCGAAGCGGUGAUGAUGGCGCCGCCAGGCACUAGAGCAAUAGGUCGGUAUUCACUACUUGAAGGAGCUGCUCGAGGGCACUCGUCGGCCCGCUGAGCAAGCACAGGUCAUUCUUGUAUCUCAUACCUGGCAUCAGUGCUUGAUGCCCUGGCAAACCUUUCACACCCCAAAAGUUCACUGGAGUAUGAAUGCGUUGUAAUCAAUUCUCAUUGUUGCAUCCGAUGCUCGUAUUCUUUUUUCUAUCACUUCACCCCGACAUAGCAGCAACCUCCAAACCACCUUCAUCACAACACCAAACGAUGAAUGUUACGCUCAAAAGUCUCGUCGCAGAAGAGCGCUGGGAAGCGUACAGUUCUGCCGGCUAAAGAGACGACAACUCGUUAAGUCGGCUGUCCUCAUCGAGAUCCGACGAGCAUAGUCGUUCCUCUCUACCGGAGACGCCUUAAAUGCCACCACCUUCGUCGUUGACGUCAUUGAAGCACGCACAGUUGGUGACCUCUUGUUCCCGGCGUAUCCCGCCGCGCCGCCUCCGCCGCUGACAACGUUUGCCGUCCAGGCCUCCGGCGGGAGCCGAGAGAGGUGCCAACGAGGCCUUCACCAAAACUGCCGCCAGACUCGCGUUUCCUCUUCGGUGGCACGGGAAAUUCUUCGGUGCGCUCACACUCCGCGCAGUUUACCGCAAUCUGCCACAUGCGUACUUGAGUGACACCGAGCCUCAAAAGGCAAUCUCCAAACGACAGGACUCAUCUUUAAUCAUAUAAGACCAGGACAGAGAGACCAGCAUAAGACACGGCUACAACAAAAGCCGCGGCUAUAGAAAGCGCCAAAGCAGGCUUUAAGAACAGUUAGCAUAAAAAUGCCUCCAGCAGCUAACGUCCCUAACAAGAGCAUGAAGAAAAUAUAUGUCAAUCGGUAGGAUCGGUUUAUUGAUAAUAUAGGAUCGGUUUAUUGGAUAGCUAAGGCAGCUGCUAUUUAACGGAAAGCACUCAAGUAAAGAAAAACGUUGUUGCUUAUGGUUGGAGUCAACAUAGGAGAAUGUGAACUGUACGAGUGUCACAUCAGCCCUCCGAUCAAGUAUUAGGCAUGUAAGGCUAACAAAGCUGCACAGUUCACUGCUAUGACAUGGUCUUCUUGUGGUCAAAAGGACUACGACGGUAUAAAUUCUAUAUGUCUUUGUUUUCAAACACGCUGCAAGUAUCUAUGCUAGCAGAGCAGACCAAGUGUCAGCGUAUUAAAGGCAUAGAUACACGACGAGAACAAAUUUGUAACAUUCAGGCGUAACAUAAGGAAUACGUAUCAUUAUUGUGCUGCUUAGCAGUAUUAUUGUGCUGCUUUCAGAGAGCUGCGAAAUUGCCUGCGGUCUUAAAUGCGCUGUGAUGAGUUCAUUGUCAUUGAAACAGACACGUUGUGGUGAAACCAGGUUCAAAGAGCGAAAGUGCAGUGAUGCCAACAUCCAUGCCGAGAGCAGCAAAAUGAUUUCCGUGCUGCCAGGGAGUGCGCCGUCAUUUUAGCAACAACGAGGGCUGUGCAUGCACCUCGUCACGUGGACCCAGCAAGUAAUAGGGCAGAAAUGUAUGUAGUAGCGCCGCGCGAGGUUUCUCCGCAUGCGCGAACGUCCGCAGUGUUUGUGCUCAGUGACGGUAUGUGUGCGUGCGGUGACGACAACAUGGACAAGAAAGAGACAGUUAUCUUCAAAUUCCACCUGUACAGUACUCUUCAAUUAAACCACAUAUACUUA